AUCCAUAGUACGAAAGAUUUUAUCGCAUAUUACUGGCCAAUAUUUGCUCCUCUUCUAAACAUGACUUCACCCGCAAUUCCAACACAACAGAGGGCUGCGGUUCGUCAAGGGAGCGGCCCAACAUCCACCACCAAGGUCGAGAAUAUCGAAGUCCCGCGACCCGGCCCAGGACAGAUCCUUGUAAAGAUUAAGUGGACUGGACUUUGUGGUUCAGACAAGUCGUUGCUGCACGAUGACUGGAGCGGCUUUGGUAUCAGCAUGAUGUCAAGCACCCAUGGCAUUGCCGGCCACGAAGGCGCAGGCGAGGUUGUUGCAAUUGGUGAAGGCAUGGAAGGCCGGUGGAAGUUGGGUGAUCGCGCGGGCGUCAAGUGGAUUGCGAGCACAUGUGGCGAGUGUGAGUUCUGCCUGGAUGGAGUCGACGAGGUGCAUUGCAUCAAGCAAUCGAAUAGUGGAUUCUCAGUUCCGGGUACGUUCCAGGAGUAUUGUCUCGCAGAUGGCCGAUAUACCUCAAGGCUCCCCGAUGGUGUCUCUGAUGAGGAAGCUGGCCCUAUCAUGUGCGGAGGCGUCACGGCCUACACGGCAUGUAAGCGAUCCGCUGUCAAGCCUGGCCAAUGGAUCGUUCUUCCAGGAGCCGGUGGUGGGCUCGGGCAUUUUGCAAUUCAAUAUGCGCGCGCUAUGGGAAUGAGAGUGAUUGCCAUCGACGGCGGCGACGCCAAGCGCGACCUUUGCCUGAAGCUCGGCGCUGAGAUCUUCAUUGAUUUCCAGACUACGAAGGAUAUCACCGCUGAAAUCAUGAAGAUAACGACAUACGGCGCGCACGGCGUCAUCGUGACGGCAGCAACCAAGGCAGCCUAUGAGUCCGCGCCAACAUUCCUGCGACCGAAUGGCACCGUGGUAGCCGUUGGGUUGCCUCAAGAUCCUUCAAUCAUGGCUGGGGCUUCCCCCAUUCUAGUUGCGCUGAGACGUCUCAACAUUGUUGGAAGCGUUGUGGGUAGCCUGAAGGAAGUUGAGGAGGCCCUUGACUUUACUGCUCGAGGUCUUGUCCAUCCAAUUAUUUCCAAGGGAAAGCUUGAGGACCUGGAUACUUGGGUUGAGAAAUUGGUUGCUGGACAAGUAGCUGGACGCGCUGUGUUGCAAGUCGCUGCGUAGGCAGG